CAAAUUCCUAUCAUUCCUUUCCCCCUUCAAUAUAAUUUACAUUAAUCCAUUAAUCUAAUAACCAUGGCCCCAAUAAUACCACCACCCCUCCACCAAACAAACACCAACACUAAUCAUCUCCUCUCUCCCCGCGCCGACCCCGACUGCCCUAACACCAUCUCCGGCGGGGGCAUCGCAGGCAUCGUCCUCGGCACUAUCGCAGGCACCUUACUCAUCCUAUGGCUAUGGCAUCUGUGUUCCCUAUCAGGGUCUAGUUCAAGUGGAGGGUCAGAUUACGGCGAGGCGAACUUGGCCACCUCAACGACAAGGAGGAGAAGACGGCGCCAUAGUAGUCCCACGGUUUAUUAUCUGGAGAAACAUCCGUCGGGACAUGGUGGGGGGUCGUCGGUGAGGAGGCCGACGAAGGUGUAUCUUUCUUGAUAUAAUAUCUGGACUGGAGGGGUUGGGUUGGAG